UUUGCCCAUAUGGUGAAUGGAGAAUCCAUUAAGAGCGUUUUGAGUGCUGAUGGGACGUGAGCGGACAGUGUCGUGUUGGUAGGAAAUCAAAAUUUAGAGAGACAUGGCGAGAUUCUCAAUUGGCGGAGAAGCAGAUGAAGGGCCAAGCAGUCGAAGGCAAAAGAGACAGAAGAACUGUGAUUCUUCUCAACAAGCGUCUUGGCAUGAUACAGAAGAUGAAAAUGUUGAAAUAGUAGAGGAUGAGGAUGAGGUAUUGGAGGAGGAAAAUGACCAAAGUGAAGAACAACAACAAGAACGAGAUGAGGAAGAUGACGAGGACGAGAAAGAUGACGAAGAAGAAGGAGAAGAAGAUGGCUUCUUUCCCUCACCGAUCUUCCGACCUAGAUCAUCUAAUCGUCCUGCCUCAGUCCUACCCAGCAGAAAUGGGGCAAUUUGCGUGACCCUAACAGAUCCAGAAGUGCUUGAUUGCCCCAUCUGCUACGAUUCGUUGACCAUUCCCGUCUUUCAGUGUGACAAUGGGCAUACAGCUUGCUCUUCCUGCUGCAAAAAACUUGCAAAUAAAUGUCCUUCCUGCUCUUUGCCUAUGGGAUACAAUCGUUGUCGGGCAAUUGAGAAGGUUCUUGAAUCAGUUAAACUACCGUGCCAAAAUCUGAUGUACGGCUGUAGAGAAAUGGUUAUAUUAAGCAAAAAAUUUGACCACAAUAAGACCUGCACCCAUGCACCAUGUUCAUGCCCCCUAUCAGGUUGCAAUUUUGUUGGCUCAUCUAAACAGUUGUACCAGCAUUUUAGCCGUAAACACAAGGGUUCUGCUACGCACUUUCAAUAUAAUAACACCUUUCCUGUAUUCUUUACUCUUAAUGACAAAUAUCGUAUCCUUCAAGAAGAGAAAGAAGGUGUUCUAUUUGUUCUGAACAAUAAAGCAGAAAUCCUUGGAAAUGUAAUCACUAUUAGUUGUAUAGCUCCCUCGGCAUCAAAUAGGGAAUACUUUUAUGAGCUUACAGCAAAAAUGGAGGGAAGUAAUCUCAGAUUUCAGUCUUUUACAAAGACUAUUCAGAAGGGUAAUGAUGAGGAUGUUCAUGCAGAGGAGUUCCUUGUAGUUCCAAAUAGUUACUUUGGUUCUUACGGGCAGAUCAGCUUGGAUCUGGUCAUAUGGCGUUGUGAUGCAUAUCCUGCGAAUAUUCAGAGAAGAACCAGAGCAAAUGCUCAAAGUAUCAGUACAAGCACUGGUGCAAAUGCGCAAAGAAGUACUGGUGGUGUUUAAUAUAAUUUUUAAUGUUGUUCUAAAGUAGCAUAUGCUAUCCACAAUGGCUUUGGUUGAAGUUGGGUUUAAAUCUUGUGCAGAUGCUUUGAAUUGGUAAAUAGUUUUUGUACAUUGCUUAAGUUUUAUUGCUAGUAUUUCGUUGAUGUUA